AAACGGCCUCUAGAAGUCUCUUCCUCUGAAAGCUAUCUUCUUCUUUUUAAACACAACCCCACCGAUAAAGGAAAGCAAAGCAAAGCAAAGCUAAAGCUCAAGAAGAAAAUGGAUCAUUCAGAUAACAACGAUCACCCUCAGCUUCCAACCAUCAAGAUUCGCCACCCGUCACCCCCUCACCACCCUACCUCCGCCGCCACACCCACUCCCACCGCAGGCGCCCGCCGUAAGGUCGGUGUAGCCGUUGACCUCUCCGAUGAGUCUGCCUUCGCCGUCCGCUGGGCCGUCCAAAACUACCUCCGACCCGGAGACGCCGUCAUCCUCCUUCACGUCUCACCAACCUCCGUACUCUUCGGAGCAGACUGGGGCCCACUCCCCCAAACCCCUCAGAGCGCGGAAACUCCACACUCCCAGAAGCAACUGGAAGACGAUUUCGAUGCCUUCACGGCCUCAAAGGUGGCGGAUUUGGCCAAACCCUUGAAGGAAUCCGGGGUUCCCUUCAAGGUUCAUAUAGUGAAAGAUCAUGAUAUGAGGGAAAGGUUGUGUCUCGAAGUGGAGAGGUUGGGGUUGAGUGCUGUUAUAAUGGGGAGCAGAGGGUUUGGGGCUGAGAAAAGGGGGAGUGAUGGUAAGCUGGGAAGUGUCAGUGAUUACUGUGUGCAUCACUGUGUUUGCCCUGUUGUUGUUGUUAGGUACCCUGAUGAUAAAGAUGGCACAAAUGCUGAGCCCGUGGUCACCAUUAAGGAGGCUGAGGUGGAGGAGGAAGGUGCCAAAGAUAGCAUAGUUGAAGGCUCUUAAUUUCGAGGGAUUGUCGAGUAAAGUGGAACCUACGGUUUUUCUCUUUCUACUUUCAUCUCGUAGUAUAAUUCUAUCGACUCGUAUAAUUCUAUCGACGAUGUUGAUGUAUGGUUGAUGAGGUUCUUGAUUUCAUUUUUAUUGCACUAUUGGGGAGAUACUGUUGUACAAUGCUAUAAUUACAAUAUGAACCCAGUGGCAAAGUUUGGUUUUAGUAUCAAA